AGCAAUAGUUCUCCGAACCUAUAUCUGGAAUCUAUCACUCUCAAUACAGAAGCAAAAAAGAGAAGAUUCAAAUCUUGGGCUAAAUCUGUAUUAUGUAAUAAUGAGCUCCGCUCUCACAUAUCUGAUUCAAUACCUACUAAUAACUCUAUAGAAAAAAUAAGUAGCAAGGAUCUGGAUGCAUUAUAUAAAAAGAAGCCAGAAGAGAUGAGAAAAAUAAA